UUCUUCUGGGUCCUUCUGGCGAUCUUCCUCACGGAGCUGCUGCUGAUAUUCAUUGAAAUCAUCUUUGAAAACAAGAUGAACGCAGUUUUCCACUCCAACAUCCAAGAGGGCAUCAGGCACUAUUAUGAUGACCUUGACUUCAAGAACAUCUUGGAUUUUGUGCAAGAAAAGUUUUCUUGCUGCGGCGGCGAUGAGUACCGGGACUGGGAGGUUAACCAGUACCACUCCUGCAACAGCAGCGGGCCGCUGGCGUGCGGGGUGCCCUACACAUGCUGUAUCAGGAAGGUCCCUGGAGAAGUCAUUAACACCCUGUGUGGAUACAGGACGCUGGAUAAAGAGCGCCUGGAGCUGCUCAACAUCAUCCACGUGCGCGGCUGCAUCCACGCCGUCGGGCUCUGGCUCAAAGACAACUUCGAGGCCACUUUGGGCAUCGUUUGCUCCCUGCUGCUUCCACAGGUGAUGGGCCUCGUGAUGGCUUGGCUGUAUUGGCAAGAACUCAACGAGAUCUACUCCAAGCUGGACACAGUUGACUUCAAGAUCCUGGAGUUGCGGGAUUUCAGCUUCGGGGCAGUGGAUCUGAGCGGUGCGGGCUGGUGCUGGUGCUUGCCCAAGGAAGGGGGCUACAUUCCCGUCAAUGUUGAGGAGGAGGAAGAUGAGGAGGAGGAAGGCACCAUCUGCCAGAGCAAAGCGUGA